CGUUUCUCCACUAACUGACUCUUCCUCGGUGAACUGAGCGCUGCAGCCAUUUCUCGGAAUCCGUGUCUCCAGCCCCAGGUUUAAAACAACCGUCUCCCGUCCGUGACACAGACCUCGGACUACACACAAGUCAGAUUUCCCCCCCUUUUGUGUUCUCGGCUGGCUUGCCUGCCAGCUGAACGUCGUCGUCGGGAUGGACCCAGCAAGCCGAUACCAAGUGUUGCACAAUGAGGACGACUCUUCGGAGGCCUCCACCAGCGAGCAGCAGCCCUGUACUUCUGCCACAGCCCAGGCCAGUGCAUCUGGCCAGAACCAGAGCCAGGCCCAGGCCAGCCUGACCCCCGACCCCGCAGCAGGGGAGGCAUCGGGCUCAAGGACUCAGGGGGAGUUGGAUGCACCGCCACCUCCUUACGCCUCCAUUGAUCUGGGAGCAACCGCUGCGGCACCUGAGACUAGUUUCCAAGGUGACUUCCCAGUGCCUCCGCCCUACAGCGUCGCCACCUCACUGCCCACAUAUGAUGAAGCGGAGAAGGCCAAAGCAGCCGCCAUGGCUGCCUCCACAGUGGAGGUGAUGCCGCGGGAUGAUGAAUUCCCUCCCAGAGAUGAUUUCAGUGAUGCUGAUCAGCUUCGAGUUGGAAAUGAUGGAAUCUUCAUGCUGGCCUUUUUCAUGGCCUUCCUCUUCAACUGGAUCGGGUUCUGCCUGUCCUUCUGUCUGACCAACACUAUUGCAGGACGCUACGGAGCAAUCUGUGGCUUCGGCCUUUCCCUCAUCAAGUGGAUUCUGAUUGUGAGGUUCUCGGACUACUUCACCGGCUACUUCAACGGCCAAUACUGGCUCUGGUGGAUCUUCCUGUUGCUUGGUCUGCUGCUGUUCUUCAGAGGUUUCGUGAACUACCUUAAAGUCCGCAACAUGUCAGAGAACAUGGCCACCUCCCAUAGAACACGCCUCUUCUUCCUCUACUAAAGGUUCCCACGCCAUCACCAUUCCUUUUCAAUGUGAAGUUCCUUCCCUCCCCCUCGAAUGACCUGACUGAGGAGCCUUGCAGCGAAAAGAGGAGACGGGGAAGGACUGAAGGAAAGAAGUAGGGAGAAAGUGUUACCAGUCUCAUUAAAAGCAUAACGCGACUCACUCUGAAGUCUCCACUUCUGAGCUGAGCUGAAAAAUGCGUCUUUGAUGAUCAGAUCUCUUCCCUCCCUCCCUCCCCCCAACUUUUUUUUUUUCUUUUUUUUGUUUUUCAUUUUCCUUUGAUUCAAAGCUCUUCACGGUCUCCUGGAUCGUGUGAAACAAACACCAGUCCAGCUUCUGCGUCAUGUGUCUCAAAAGCAGGAGAGCUGUUGAGAUACAUGACUUGAGGAAAAUUUAGGAGUUACACUAAGCACAAUGAAUUUCACUCACACAAAUAACUCAUUAUUAGUUCGCGUGUUUGAUGACAUUACGUGUCCUUUGUCAAACAGGGACCGCAGUAUUAAAACUAAACGAGAAAACCUCUCGCAUUUGGAAUUUUAAAACAGAAACCGCGUAGGAGGUGGCGACCUAUUCUGAGCCUUCAAAUUCCCCCUCCAACUUUGUCUCCAACAUUAGCGACUAAGUAGAAGUAAGGACUCAAACCAAGUGUGUUCAUUUCAUGAAUUUCUCUUUGACCUGUUGCACAUUACAAUAUAUCUUAAAACAGUUUGAAGUUUUUGCCAUUCCACCUCCUUAAGUUCAGGUUGUUUUGAACAAGUCUUACAUUAUUUGUGACGUAGCAUUUUUACAGUUUUGCAUUGUAAAUCCUUAUUCACAUCUCAGCCUCUCUUCUGCAAAAAAUAAAUCAGAUUUAGCCGAAGAGAGGUGAGAUCGGUGAAUGCAUCGUCAUCUUAAGGGCACGCAAAUGCUUUUAAGAUAUGCAUAGAUCAGUUUACAUAUCACAUAACCUGAUGCUUUUAUUCUUUUUAAAUCAAACGCCCGAUCCCUUUUGCUUACAGUCACCAGACGUGGCUCAGAAUAUGUCACAGGACAGACACCAGCUUAGUAUGAAAUAAAACUUUCUUGCGACAGCCAAUCGGUUAAACAAGCCCUGAUCAUUGGACUUUCAAAGCACCAACUGAAACAUCAUCCUCUCUGAGCAUUUGAACAAACGUUUGAAAUCACAAAGUUUUUAGAAAAAUCAUGUCAGUUUAAAGGAACCAGCUUGUCGGAGAGACGGAUUUAUGCUCGCUAACGGUUCUCCAGAAUCUGCUUUUUUCCCCCCUUCCUUUGCCCUUUGAUAGUAAUUAUCAUGCUAUGCCUAUGCAGAAAGGAUUUUUUAUCCAUCCUGACAUUUUUAAAAAAAAAAGGGAGGAAUACAUUAACCACUGCACUGGUUGCCAUUUUCUCAGUCUGAAUCAAAGAAAAAUGAAAAGAAUGUUGCCAACACACCUGCUUCAUACUAUUAAACCAAAACCUAAUCAUUUGUUCUGGCCAUAGGUCGCAGCGUACAACAAGUUCAUCUCAGUUCAUUCAGCUCUACAACACUGACUGCCAUCUGGCAAAGCAGUAUCUGGAAGCGACAGAGGAGCUAACUGUAGAUCAAACAGUGUUUUUAGGCCACACACGAGCUAGAUCCCUACAAAGUGGCCCAAAAGCAGGCCUCAUAUGCAUCUCCUGCUUCGGUGCUGUGCAAGUUCCAUAAUAAGCAUUUUACAUACGGUGCAGCAACAUGCCAGGCUUGAGUACAAACUCUUCGGAGUACAAGAGUCUUAUGCAAUUUACCCUAUUGUGAUGACUUGCAACUAUUGUGGGUGUAAAGUCCUGUGAUACUGAAAUAGACGUAGCUGAAGACUUUACUAAUCGCAGAUUGAGAUCCAGGUGGCUGUCAAAAGAAAAGCCAAGGUGCUGAUUACACACACACUUGCCAACAAAACGAUUUUAACUACCAGUAAAUCAGAGGAAAACGCAAUAAAACCUGCUAAACGGUGACUGGUUCUGCAUGCUCUGCAUGACGUAGACAAACCCAACACACGGAUCUCUCUCUGGGAUUUCAGCUUUUAUGAUUAGAUUAAGUUUAAAAGAAAAACAACUGCUUCCUUUUUCUUUUCACGGAGUGAGAAGCGUUCGGUGAUGCGACAUUGAUCCUGUUAUUAUUAGAAGAACAAUAUCAGCAGACGUUGUGGUUUCUGGGGGAGUGUGAUGAAGUCAGGGGUUACAGUCCAGUGUGAAUGGAGCAUGAGGAGUCUACGAGCUUGUGCGUCAUGAAAAUGGAGCCUGACUGGACAAAGUAAAAAAAACCAAAAACCAAAAAAAAACAAACAUGCUUUUUGAUUAUUUUUGUCAUCCAGAAAAUGAAAUGUAUAUACCAGCUUAUGCCAAUUCAUAAUAUUUGCACUUUGAAGAACUUGUACAGUAUGAUUUGUGAAUCUGCUAAACUUGAUGUGGGGGUAGAAAAAAAGACAAAAAGUUAUCUUAGCCAUCCAAGUUUUUCAACUGGAAUUCUUAAAUCAUCCCAAAUGGAUAAUUUUGCCUUUUGCACUUUUUAUUUUUCAAAAAUGAUAAUAUUGUUAUUGUGUGUCUUUGUUUCAUCGCUUUUAGCCUAAACUGUGACAGCUUGAGUAUUGCCAAACUUCUUCUUUUUUUUUAAAAAAUCUCUUUUGACUGGUCAUAUCCCACUACAGCCUCUUUCAGCAAUAUCAAGAUCUUUCAGUGAAUUAAAGCUCUGCUGCAUGAUUUAUCCACCAGAACGAGUGGGGGUAAUGUUAGGAUUAAUCUAGACAUUUUUUUUUUUUUCUUUGUAAAUAAGUAAGGAGAAAAAAAAAACCCAAGACGGCAGCCAAACUAUUUUUUUUGUCCACAAUACUCCUUGUUACAUCCUCUAAAGCAGUUGUUAUGCAUUUAUUGUAACUGGAAUUCAAAUGACAGACGAUGUCUUGCAAAAAAUGCCAAUAAAGUUCAAAAGCCUGCCACUUA